UAACGCGGUGCUUGGCUUAGUUGUCCUGUGUGCGCUGUGGUGUGUGGGUGCGCGUGGCGGUGUGCCGAGCGCUGUGUGUGUACGUGUGUGUGUUGUCCUGAGGGCGUGCGUGGAGUUGGAGAAAAGGCGUCAGGAGAAGAUUUGGAGGUGAAGAGGAGUGACCGACGUCUGAUCCAGGGCUUACUGAGGACAGGAGGCCUGCGAGCAGCAGCAGCACCACCACCACCACCAGCACCACCAGCAGCAGCAGCAGCAGCAGCAGCAGUGCCGGGCACAAGGCCAUGGUGAGCCGGCAGCCUCCAGCAGUGCAGGAGGCGGCUCGGCGGGGCCAGCUGGCGGAGGGCGCGGCGGCAUGGCUGUGAGCGGUGGGCGGCGCCCCGGCAUGGAGGGCGGGUGGCGGCGCGGGCGAGGAUGGGGCGUGCUGGCUUGGCCGGUGACGCUGGUGGUGGUGACGGCGAUGCUGUGCCUCACCGCCGCCACCGCCGCCAACAAGCGGCGCAAAACGGCGCUCAUCGAGGGAGACAUCCUGAUCGGCGCACUGUUCAGCGUGCAUGAGCUGCCCAAGCAGAAGACGGCCUCCACCCUCACCUGCGGCGACAUCCGGGAACAGUACGGCAUUCAGCGGGUGGAGGCGGCGUUCCUAGCUAUCGACCAAAUCAACAAGAACACGGACCUGCUGCCCAACAUUCGCCUGGGUGUGGAGAUCCGAGACUCCUGCUGGUACUCCUCCAUCGCCCUGCAGCAGAGUCUGGAGUUCAUCCGUGACGCCCUCUCAGCCCCCUGGGACGCCACGAACACCUCCACCAGAACGGACUCCUGCAAGGUGGCGUCCCCCAAGAAGCACCUGGUGGGGGUGGUGGGCCCAGGAUCCUCAGACGUGACUAUACAGGUACAGAACCUCCUGCAGCUGUUCAGCAUCCCCCAGGUGGGUUACUCCGCCACCUCCAAGGACCUUAGCAUCAAGUCCCACUACUCGUACUUCAUGCGCGUGGUGCCCUCUGACUACUACCAGGCGCAGGUUCUCGUCGACAUCGUACGCUACUACAACUGGACUUACGUAUCCACUGUCUACACUAUUGGUAACUACGGCCAGAGCGGGAUGUCAGCUUUCAAGAAACUGGCCGAAGAAAACAAUGUGUGCCCUGCGAAGGAAGAAUCCGUGAGGAGCGACGCGGACGAGGAGGCUUACGACAGUGUGAUCAGGAGCCUGAUGGAGGACCAGCGCGCCAAAGUAGUGGUGUGUUUCUGCGAGGGCAUGACCAUCACCAACCUGCUGAAGGCCGUCAAGAGAAACACCUCGCCCUCCAGGUUCCUCUUUAUCGGCAGUGACGGGUGGGCGGAUCGGUCUGACGUGGUCUCUGCGGGACUGGAGUCGGUGGCGGAGGGAGGCCUGACCGUCAAGAUUCAGAGCCCACACGUACACGAGUUCGACGACUACUACUUCAGCCUGCACCCUGACACCAACACACGUAAUCCCUGGUUCAAAGAGUUCUGGCAGCACCGAUUCAACUGCUCCCUGUCAGACGGCGAGGAGGGCGGGGAGAAAUUGUGUACUAAGAACGAGUCGCUGGCAGAAAACUACAAACAGGACACGAAGAUGGCGUUUGUGAUGAAGGCGAUCUACACAAUGGCGUGGGGCCUUCACAACAUGCAGAGGGCACUGUGUAAGCCUGGGGAGGGACUGUGCAAGGCCAUGCUGCCCAUCAACGGUUCCAUCUACAGGGACUACCUCAUGAACGUCACCUUCACCUACCACGACGAGACUGUCACCUUCGACUCAAGCGGGGACCCUCCUGGCAGGUACAACAUCAUGAACUACCAGAGGGGAGACGACAACACCUAUAAGUAUGAGCUGGUGGGGAGCUGGGACAACGGCACGUUUGACCUGAGGGAGGCGGACAUUAAAUUUAAAAACCCUGAAAACAAGCCUCCGGUCUCCGUCUGUUCCGAUCCCUGCCGCUACAAUGAGUACAAGAGCAGCAGCGGUGAGGGCACGAAGGCCUGUUGCUGGGUGUGCACUGCCUGCGGAAGCAACCAGUACCUGAAGAACGAGACUGCGUGCGAGAACUGUGAGCCGGGAUACAGACCUAACGCUAACAUGACGGGGUGUGACGCCAUCCCCGUGCGGCACCUCACCUGGGACGCCCCUGAGUCUAUCGCAGCCCUCACCCUGGCGUCCCUCGGGUUCCUGGCCACCUGCUUCACCAUGUCUGUGUUCAUUAAGUACAACCACACGCCCGUUGUCAAGGCCUCCACACGCGAGCUUUCCUAUAUAAUCUUCGUGGGCAUGAUGGUCUCCUACUGCGCCACACUCCCCCUGCUGGCGCCCCCCUCCCCCUUCAGCUGCGCCGCCUCCAGGAUACUGCCGGGCCUCUCCUUCGCCAUGAUCUACGCCGCGCUGGUCACCAAGACUAACCGCAUCGCCAGGAUACUUGCGGGAAACAAGAAGAUCACCAUGCGCAAGCCUCGGUUUAUGUCAGCUACUGCGCAGGUGGUGAUCACGUGCGGGCUAAUUGGCAUCGAGCUGGGCAUCAUCAUCGCCAUGCUCAUUCUGGACGUGCCCGACAGCCGCCACGACUACUCCAAGUCCGAUGAGAUUAUGGCUCAGGUGAAUCUCGUCUGCAACACCUCGGACCGGGCAAUCAUCGCACCGCUCGCCUGGGACUUCUUCCUUAUCCUGAUGUGCACCGUGUACGCCGUCAAGACCAGGAACCUGCCGGAGAACUUCAACGAGGCUAAGUUCAUCGGGUUCUCCAUGUACACCACAUGCGUCAUCUGGCUGGCCUGGUUCCCCAUCUACUUCGGCAGUACACACAAGAUCAUCUGUAUGAGUAUGUGCACGUCACUCAGCGCUCUCGUCACCCUCGUGCUGCUCUUCUUCCCCAAGCUGUACAUUAUCCUCUUCAGGCCAGAGAAGAACGACAGGUCAGCCUUCAAGACAGCCAAGACGGUUCGCUGCCACAUCGGUUCCUCCAACAAGACCAGCCUCUCGCGACCUUCAGACCCCACCCCCAGCGCUGCCGUGGAGAGCAUGUACGUGGGGUCUGCCAUGCUGGGUCUCAUGCCGCAGCAGCUCAGCCUUAUGCAACGGCUGAAGACAUCCAUCGGAGCUGUGCCCUUCCUGCCCUCCAUCGCUGCUGUCAACCCGAGAACGGCAUUGAAGCGGGAGAUCAGCGUGUGGAGUGACGCCAGCGGCAGCGGCGGCGGAGGGGGAGGUGCCGCCGCCACCACUGCCAGGGACGCCAUGCUGCGGAGGGCGUACGGCUCCCAGCUGGAUCUGACAGCGGAGGCGUGGUACGGGGCGGUGCGUGAGGAGCGGGCCUGCCAGACCACGGACGAGCUGCUGGACCCGCUCAUCCCUCGGCUGCGGCGGCGGGUGGUGCGCGCCGUGCGGGAACACAAGCUGGACGCCGCAGAGGGACGAGAGUUCUUCUCCCUCACUCACGGCUGGAUGUCCUCCCAAGCUGAAGCUGCCCGCAAUGAGAUGAGGCGCGGGGACACUGACUCAGACAAAGUUGCCGCCGCCGCCGCUGCUGUCUCCACCACCACCGCCACCGCCACCAGCAAUACCACCACCUCCCCCUCCACCAGUGUCCCCACCACCACCACUACCUCCUCCACCACAACCGCCAUCACUACGAGUACCACCAACACCACUGCCACCGACACCACCAUCCCCCCACAAUCCACUGCCACCACCACAACCACCACCAUUCCCGCCGAACACCACACUGCUGCCACCACCAUCAGUACCACUGUCUUCACCACUGCCUCUGACACUAUUUCCACCACCACCACCACUACCACCACCACUGCUGCUGUUGCUGCUGCUGCUGCGUCUUCUGUCUCGACCUCGACCUCCACCACCACCACCACCACACAGAGGGAGCAGCAGGACACCACCACCACAACCACCGCAGACACCAUGACAGACCACCACACGCACACCAACAUCUCACAACCUGAAAUCACCACCACCACCACCACUUCCAGCAGCCAGCAGGCCAGCGAGGCAAGCCGCUGCCCGGCCAGCAGCACACCCCCGCCCCCCGCCACCAGGCAGACAGUCACCACUAGCACGACCCUGGUCGGGAGUCAGAUGGCGGGUACGGGCAGCAGAGCAAGUGAGGCCAGCGAAGCCGAGGAGCGGUGCCAGGCUGAGGGUCGUGUUACCUUGACGGCAGUGGGAGGGCAGCACGGCGAGGCGGCCGCCAGGUGCCAGGGGGCGGCAGACGGGACACGGGCAGGGGCGAGGGAGGGAGACUGGAAGGGGGAGGGUGCGUCACACCACACACACGAGGACUGCCCUGGACAACCUGGCCACUGCCCCCAGGGACAGGAGCCGGAUGGGUGGUUCGUGCAGCAGUGUUCUUUUGGCUCCUCAGAGUGCCCGGAGCCCCGCGGCCUUGGCCUGGUGGGCUACGGCUCGCCUCUGUCGUGUGUGGAUAACGGCGCGCCGGGGUGGGUGACGUCGCCCGAGUCGCCCGCCGCCCACUCACCUCUGGGCGAGGCAGUGGCGGAGGGAGCUGCGUGGGGCAGCGGAGAAGACUACGAGAAGCUCCUGCUGGAGGCCAAGCCAAAAGGGGCACGGCGUGUGGAGGUGCUGGGACGGCGAGAGGCGCGCCACCGCCGCCGCAAGGUGGGCGUGGCGGCGCGGGUGGCGGACGUACGCGGCAUUCUUCGAUGCGUCGCCUUCCCCAGGACGGAGCGGCCUGCCAGGGUGUCCUUCGACAUGCCCGAGCUGCCCCAUGCGGCUGGCCCGCCGCGUCCUCCCUGGCCGCGGCGGCCAGGCGGUAGCCACGGCCAGCAGGACGCGCCCUUCAGAAUCCUGGAAGAAAGUGACGCCGAGGCUUCCGACAGCUGCGAGAUGAAGACCAUCACCAUCAGGCUGGGCGACACCACCGAGGGGAGCGGCGACAGUGGCACGGAGGGAAGCACCAAUGGCGGCAGCGGCGCUGGAGGCCUUAUCAACUGGCGGCCUCGGCCGGGCAAGAAUCACCAGGCACUGGCGAGCCUCCCCGAUCAGGAGCUCCCCGCGGCGCGCCCUGCCCCGCAGCCCUCAGAGCUGGUCAUUCUGGACCUCCUGCACGACUCGCGCCUCAAGGAGCAGGGCUCGCCGCCCUCCUCACCCCCAGCCACCGCGGGUCACGACCCCUACCGCCCCGCCGAACCUUCCCUGGACCACAUCAUCAUCCCCCCUCCAAGACAGUACACCCCCGCAGACUCCCCUCAUCACCUCCACCACAACCACCUCCACAAAGAACCCGCCGCCACCACCCCUACCAUCUCCUCAUCCUCCUCCCCCUCCUCCAGCGGCAGUCCCCGCGGCGAGGCGACCAUUGUGGAAGCGAAUCACCGUCACCAUAACCAUCACUACCACCACCACCACCACCACUCACCCCCAUCACCGCACGCCCCCAUCCCCCCUCACUCCCUACAGGCGACCACCGCCACCACUACUACCACCACCAUUACCAUCCCCACCCAGAUCCCCGAGCACGAGGCACACGCGGACCCUGAAGCGCCGCCCCGCCACGACACCGACGACGACACGGACGACGGCAGCACGACGCCCAUCGAGGAGUUUUUCCUGAACCACGGCGUGCGCUUUGACGCCACCUCGGCCCGCUCUAAGAAACUAGAGAGAGAGAGAGAGAGAGAGAGAGAGAGAGAGAGAGAGAGAGAGACUUUCAUACACGAGUCAGGGACCAUAUUCUCAAAAACACCUCGGGCGUCUCAUCUUGACUACUUUCAACAGGCUCUAGUGGAUGUGACUGGGAUUUUCAAGACUGCUUUCAUAAUUCUAGAGAUAUUUUAGACCCCCACACCAUCGAUGACUAAGACACCACCCAUGAGAACCCGACUAACCAUCCCUGCCACCUUUGAGAAGAGUCCCGAUGAGAGAACACAGCGUCGCGAAACACAAGCCCUGGAGAGUCUAGUCACGCGUCACUAGUCCCUUGGUAGGUGCCUCCCUCCCUCCCCCCCUAACCUCCACAGGGCUUGACCAAACACCCCGCCAGCCCGUCACCCCAACUUCGUCCCCCGCCCCCCAACACACAUAUAAGUACAUUCUAUCAAGCAGUAUUUUACCGGUGUUCUACUAUGUAUAUAUUGAGUGUUACAUGUAUGUACUACUAUUACUAUUACUACUUAAACAUUUCUACUUUUAUUAACUCUUAAGUAAUACCAAUCAAAAUGUAGGAAUAUUGUGUACAUUUAUAGGAAAAUCGAAUACUGUGCAAUCACACACACACACACACACACACACACACACACACACACAACGUUAGUUCUACAAGUCUGUAAGUACAGUAAUCCCCAGUGAUGUGCUCGUGCCCCUUACUUCCCCUCCCCAACAUUCCCCACCCCACCACACUCCCCCCCCCAGCCUUCCCUAAUCCCUCCCCUCCCCUUCUCCACCACCAUAUCCGGUUACCUCCUUUCCUCCAUUGCUCCUUAUCUUUCCAUUCUCCCCAUCCUACCUCCAUACCUCCUUUCAUCCCUCCACCCCUCCUCUUUCCCAUUUCCCUCAUCAUAUUCUUGUUUCCUCCCUCCCCAUCUGCUCAUCCUGCUCAUUCCCCCCUUCUCUAUUUCUUCCAUCCCUUCUUCCGUCUUCAAAUUGCUCCCUAACUUUCUUUUCUCCGUAUUCUUUCCUUCUUUCCUCCCCCUCCACCUGUUCGCUCUUUCUCCAUCCGCACCUACCUCCCAGCUUUCCUCUCCUCCACCAUACCUCUUGUUCCCUCCAUUCCCGACCUCCUCACUCUUCCUUACUCAUACUCUCUCACUCGUUAGCUCCCCCUUCUUUCCCUCACUCAACUAAUUCCACUCCUUCUAUCGCAUCUCUCUUUCUUUUUUCUGCUCUUUUCCAAACGCACUCUAUUCCUACCUAUCCUUCCCUUCAUUCUCUCCCAACCUGGUUACUCCCUCCAUCAUCUUCCCCACCUCCUCUCACCUCCCCUCCAUCUCCCCACCUCCCCCUCCUCUCCCCGCGUAAGUACCUACUUCGUGUUACUAAGAUGAACGAGAAUUUUCAAUCAAUAAACUCUAUUUCGUC